AUGUACUCGGCACCGGCAGGUGUGUGGGACCCCCACCCCCCGUCUAAACAUGGCUCCAUCUCCCCGCUGCGGCCCCCCUCCACCUCACGCCUCACCCAUGUGACCUCCGCCGCCCCGGCCAAGCGGAUCACCUUUUACAAGAGCGGCGACAGCCAGUUCGGGGGCGUCAAGAUGGCCAUCCACAAGCGCAGCUUCAAGUGCUUUGACGCCCUGCUGGAUGACCUUUCCCAAAAGGUGCCCCUGCCGUUCGGCGUGCGGACCUUGACCACCCCCCGCGGCAUCCACAGCAUCAAACAGCUGGAGCAGCUGCAGGACGGUGGUUGCUACCUCUGCUCCGACCGGCGGCAGGCCAAGCCGAUCAACAUGGAGCUGGCGGGGAAACGGCCGGCCAUCUGGCACCAUCACAGCAAACGCCCCCAUCGGCUGGAAGCGCCGCCCUCGGCGCUGCCUGGCCACAUGCCUUACAGGCAGCGACGGAUACUGCUGGUGAAGAACAGCGAGCCGGGGUUCAGGAGGAGCGUGGUGCUCAACAGGUGGUCCACGAGGAGCCUCAGGGCGUUUCUGGAGGAGGUCUCCGAGGCGAUGCAGUUUCAUGUCCGUAGGCUCUACACUGCGGAGGGGCGCAAGAUUGACAGCGUGCAGAGUCUCAUCACGUGUCCCUCCGUGUUAGUGUGUGUGGGCCGGGAGCCCUUCAGCCCCCUGCUAGUAGACUUUAUUAGGAAGAGUUCCGACGAGAAACUGCCUGGUCUGGGCCCCAGGACCCCUGGGAACGGGGCGCGCUCCCCGGCCACGCAAGGAAUCCGGUCCCCGCCUCACGGAGCGCGCUCCCGAGCCAGCGAGUAUAGCGAAGGGUACGAGAGCAAGAAAAAUGUGAAUUUUGGCCUGGAAACUAAGAAGAGCAUCAUCCACCCACGCUCCGAUUCCUCAAACCGUUCCACCCGUUACUCUUUGUCCUCAGAGAAGUCGUACACCAAUGGCCUCAGCACCUGCUCCCACUCCCAGGGCCAGCAAGCCAUCAUGAACGAUGACAUCGAAAAGCGUGUCCUGGUCAACAAAGAUGGCAGUCUCUCAGUUGAGAUGAGGGUUCGUUUCCGUCUCCAAAAUGAUGAGACCCUGCGAUGGUCCACACAAAUCAAAAAGUCCCCAUCUGGCUCUCUGACCAAUGACAGCUUAACAUUAAGGGAGGCCCAGGGCUGUUACCUGCAGCAGGGCCAAUCGGAGAGCUGCUCCGACCCAGAUUCUGCCUCCUGUGACCCAGAGGGCACCGAUUAUACCAGUCAGCCGCAGCAGCACGCCCUGGUGGAAAACCACUGUCCCUGCUGCUACCAGAGACAGGAACAGAAUUAUGACUUGUGGGAGAACCCUGCACAUAGCCACAAACAGCCUGCACCCCCUCCCCCGCACGGCUGUAGACACACCCACACAAUGGUGAGACACACCCACUCCUCCAGCUCUUCCUCUUCCUGUCACUCCCGGAGGGUGGUGCGCCGGCGUGCGAGACUCUCUGACUGCGGGGGAGGUUCGGGUUCAGAACAGGGCCAGAUGGUCCAGGAGGAGAUGUGUGUGACAGAGGAGGUGCAGCAGAGAGUGGAGGUAGAACAGGAUGGAGACACUCAAGUAAAGGUGUGCAGGAUCAGCCGGUGCUGCAGCCGCAGUGAAGUGACUGCUACUGACAGCAACCUACGGCCUCGCAGCAGGAGGUCUAUUGAGGAUGACAGAAUUGAGGAAGGAGCUGACAGGCACAAGAGGCUCCACGAUGAUCUGAUGAUGUCUGAGGGGGAGGAGCGUCCACUAUCUACAGUAAGCAACUCCUCACACGUCCUCCAGACGCUGCAGGAGGACCAAGAUUAUGAGGAGGAUGACCUGCCGCCUAGCGCUUCACAAUGCUGCCAUAGCGCUGAGCAAACACCAUCACCACCCUCCAAACCACAAAGCUAUGUGUCAGUCAACUCCUGCCAUUGGCGAGAUGAAAAGGCAACUGGGGAAGCCUCUGAGGACUUCUCCUGUCACUGCAGAUCAGCCAACCAUAGUUCAGUGACUGCAGCAGAUGAGGUGGAUCGGGCUACCAGCUCCAGGUCCAAAACAAGCCACGCAUCUCACAGAUCCAGCAAAACCAGAACGCCAAAUCCGGAGGAAGAAGGGGCUGCAGAUGAUGAGGAUGAAGAUGAGGAGGCAGCACAGAAAAGGGUAUUGAGCGGUUUGUCCAAUCAUACAGGGCAUUCACUGGGAUCUGGCCAGUUGGGGUCAUCUAGUGUAUGUCUUCAUUGUGGGGGCUGCAAACGGGGAACCACCCCUGGUUCCUUUGCCUCAGCCACCUCCAACCAUGGAGCAGAGGAACCCUGCAGCAGAGCCUCACAUAGGUCCCAUCACUCCCAUGUUGCCACUCCGAAGCCUGACACGCCUCUGUCAAACCAAGAUGAUGCAGAUGACGGCAGUGAUGGUGAGCGGGUGGCUAGUGGCAUGUCUGAUGGUUCUGACAUUUCAGCUGUAUCAACAAGAUCCAACAAGUCCAACCUUACUCACCAUGGACGUGCCUCUGUUACUUCCAAUGGUCGAGUGGUUAGUGCCAUGUCCAGAGCUUCCAAUCAGUCAAAAUACUUUUGUUCCCCCACACCACCAGAGGAAACACUGACUGAGCUAGCAGAAGAGGAGAAAGAGAGGGCACUAAGUACCAUUUCAGACACGAGCCACAGGUCCAAGAGUUCUCAUAGGUCUACCUGUAAUGGCGGCAUGGGAGCCACAGUCCCAGUAAAGGAGGAAAGAAGCCUCAGUGCCAUGUCUGCUAAGUCCAAUCACUCUGCCAGGUCUGAUAAAUCCCAUAAGUCCUCCCAAGCUUCAGAGAGAGCAGUGUCUUCUAAAUCUGAAACAGCUGAGGACACAAGGGCUGAUGAAAAACCAGAAGACAGAGCUGCCAGCGCACUGUCAGUCAAAUCGGCUAGGUCUAAUAUUUCAGCUAAGAGUAACAGGUCACACACAUCAAACCACAGUGGAACAGAAAAUCUCCCCGAUAUCAAAUCAACAGAGGGAGAAGAGGGAGAAGAGGGAGGAGAGGAGGUAGAAACUGUUGGAGAGAGACCCGCCAGCAUUAUGUCAGCUAAAUCAGUCACAUCAGUAAAGACAUGUAAGUCUGCCAAGUCUCAUGUAUCCACAGUGUCCCUAAAGUCUAAAUGCUCUGGUGCACCAGCCAAAGACACAGCAGAGGCCGGAGAAGAAAAGGGAGAGGAGGAGGAGGAGGAGGAGGCAAGACCUGAAAGCAGGGUGUCUGCUAAUUCUGCUAAAUCAAAUGUUUCAGAAAAAUCCCACAUAACCUGUAAGUCCGACUGUAGUCAGUGUCAAAGCGACGUGUCUCCAUGUCCUGAGUCAGCAGGUGCAACAGUUAUAGACACAGGAGAUGAUGAGCAGCAGAAGGAGAAUGAAACAGAAGAGCGGUCACCAAGCGCCUUGUCGACAAAAUCCGAUCUGUCAGCCAAGUCCAGCAAAGCUUUGGAAAGGUCAUCAUCUCCCUGGCCAGAAGCUGUGAAAGAUGGAGAAGAAAGGCCAACCAGUGGAAUGUCUGUAAAAUCAACUAAAUCAAACAUGUCGGCUAAGUCCACAAAGUCAUGCAGGUCUCACUGUAAUGGCAGUGUAAGAGCUGCAUCAACCAGUUCCAAGGUGGAAGAGGAGGCAGAAGAAAGAGGAAAGGCAGAGGGAGAGGAAACAGAAGAGCGGUCACCAAGUGUAAUGUCUGCUAAAUCAGCUCAGUCAAAUAUUUCUGCAAAGUCCACAAAGUCGCAUAAGUCCAGCUGCAACGGCAGUGCACAAGCUAUGUCUGAAAGUAAAAGUGCAGCAGGUGAGGGUGAAGACGGCAGUGGAGAGGACACAGGAGAGAAUACAGAGGGAGGUCAUGAAAAUACAGAGAGGUCAGCAAGCAGUAUAUCCCGUAAAUCAAGGAGGUCUAAUAAAUCUAAUUAUAAUGGCGGUACAAGAGCGAGCUCUAAAACAGAAAUGGUUGGUGAAGAAGUGGAAGAAAAUGCAGAGGGAGAUGUGAAUGAUGAGAGGGCUGCCAGUGCUCUGUCUGGGAAAUCAGCUAAAUCGCAGAUAUCAGCUAAAUCUCACAAAUCACAUUGUAGCCAAAGUUCAAGACUGGAUUCUCUGGCCAAAGAUACAGCUAACAUGGAGGAUGAUAGUAUGGUAGGGAGAGCCCCCAGCACCAUGUCAGUGAAAUCAAACACUUCUGCUAAAUCUUCCAAGUCCGAUAAAUCCAGUUGCAUUGGAAAAGGCCAGUCUAGGAAUGCGAAUGAGGGUGAUAUGCCUAGUGUUAAAGAGGACAACCAAAAUGAAACAAACAUUGCUGAGAUGGAGCCAGAGGGAGAAAGGACAACUAUUUCCCUCUUAGUCAAAACAGAGGAAAGGGCCGACAGUGUCAUAUCAGUGAAAUCUAAAUCAUCAGUGAAGUCCUGUAAGUCAAACUGCAGGAGGACUGUCAAAGUAUUGUCCCCCAAUCCUCAUACAGAAGACAAUGUUACCAUCAAAACACCAGAGGAGGUGGAUGAAGAAGAGAAAAAGCAAGCAGAAGAGAAAGCUGCCAAGUCACAUCACUCCAACUGCAAUGGAGCAGCUGAUGUUCCUGUUAUUGAAGCAGUGGAUACAGAUGAAGUGGAAAGCAACAUGUCCAUCAAAACUGCCUCCACUGUAAAAGCCAAGCCAAAGGUGGAUGGGAAAGCAGGGAGAUCGAAGAGUGCUCUACCAGGGGAGUCUAACUCUGGUCAAAUGCUCUCACCAAGGAAGUCCCCCUCUUCACGAUCCCCCUCACCAAAGGUGUCAAGCUCACCCAAAGCUCCAGCUCCACACCUCAGCACUCCGCCCUCCCCUCCCAAGCAGUCAUCACCCAGGCCUGGCGUUGGAGAAACACGAGGGCGCAGCGCCUUGUCUGUUCACUCUGCAGCUUCUGCCAAGUCAAACAGGUCUAAGUGCAGCUGUGGAGCUUCUUCAGCGCUUCAAAAGGGGAAGAAAGAGGAAGAGGAGAAAAAGAAGGAGGAGGAGAAAACAGAGGAAGUGCAAAUGAGUGAGGAGGUAGCUUCUGAGCGGCCCCUCAGCAUCCUAUCAUCCACGUCAAAGAGGUCAAGGAAAGACUCCGAAGACGCAGAGCAACCACCAAGUCAUGCCUCCUCAGGGUCUGUCACCCUCGGGUUACCUGAUGACCAAGACCAGGAAUCAGGUGACUCAGACAGUGGACAGUCCCACAUCUCUUUUCACACAAAGACAUCCACCCGCUCUCACAGUAAGAGAACAACAAGGACAGAAACCUCUAGUGUCACAGAAAAGACAAAAGAGGAGGAUACAAACACUACUCUGGUAUCCAGACCGGCUGACAUCCUGGAAAGUGAAACAUUAGGAGGAGAUGAGGAGGGAGAGCAGAUACUGGGAAGCGCAGUCAGUGCUCUUUUGGACAAGAGUAAUAUGUCUGUGAAAAGCAGCAGGUCUCCAAAGCCAGUCUGCAGCCAUUGUGGAAAAGCGGUACCUCCAAAACAACCCAACAAGAUGGGUGCUAAAGAGCAAGAGGUUGAAACAGGGAGUGUGAAGUCUGCUUCAACUACCAGAGCAUGCAAAACCACUGGUAGUCACCUGGACACAUCUGAAAACAGGACCUCGUCUCCAUUGUCAUCAUUAAGCUUGAACGUUCGGAGCAAAUCACGUGCUAAAGCCACCACUAAACCCACUGAUACUGCAAAGACACUCGCUGAAGAAUCAGACAAUGAGGAAAACAAGGCAAUCAGUAGACCGUCUAGUCAGGCCAAAGGGCAAAAUGACACCACAGAUGAGAUGGUGCCCAGUGUCAGCUCUAAGAGUGUAAGGCCUGAGUCGGCAGCAUCAAGCUACUCACUCUCCAAACCAAAAUCCUUCAAGGAGAACAACGAGGAGGAGCAAUCCAAUCGCAGCAACUCUAAUCUCGAAGUCAAAUGCCACGAGGACAAAUCCGAAGCAACAAGUGACAAUCGCAGUGUCCAAUCUGCCAAGACUUCCAAGAGGGGAGCAAGCCCUAAAGAAUCCUCAAGCACUUGUCCUCUGAACAACUCCAAAUUGGCAAUCAAAACGGAGAACUCCAGUGAAAGGGCUCUCUCACACUCCAUGUCAGCCGCUGACCUGCUGAGAGAAACCAUAGCUGCUGGGUGUCCACUCAGCCGACAGUCAAAGGGCAGCAAUGCCAGUGAAAAGACCAGGAGUGAGAAGAGUGAGAGGUGCCGAAGAAACAGGAAACAGGAAAAGGAAGUGGCAGAGCCGGAGCUGACCCCUGCUAGUUUGCCCAAUGCAUCGCCAAAUGAGGUUGUCAGCGAUUGGCUGCUGAACAUUCCGACAGAUGGCGACAUGUUUACACUCGGGGAUGAGCUUAUCGAGGCAGGAGAGGAGGAGAAGGAGGUGAAGGAGGUGGAAGAGGAUCCUGGAGAGGAGGUAGCAAAGGAAGAAGAGAAUCCAGAAGAUGAGAAAGGAGAGGAGGAAGAGACCAUAGAGAAAGUUGAGAUAGAAGAGGGGGAGGAGGAGAAGGAAGCUGAAGUAGAGGUGGAUGGAGCGGAGGGAGAAGACAAGUCUGAUGCAGCCUUCAGUGAUUCUCUAUUGAGGAACUGUCAUACUUCAGUGGCAGUGAUGAAUGUUCUACUGAACCCUUCUCUAGGACGAUGUCGUAGCCUACCUGAAGUGUCUGCUGUGUACGGCCGCAGACUGAGCACAUCCGCCAAGGGGCUGUUGGACUGCCUGGCGCAGCUCCAGCUCAUUGAGCCCACGGCGAGCCCCGAAUGCGACCAGCACAAGGACCGCAGCCAGCGCUACAACGAAAUCAUGGCCAUCCUUCAGUCCCUCUGGCUCACCGAACCCAAAGACAUGGCGGAGAAGGCGGGGAAGGAAGCGUGCAAAGACCAGGUCACCCCGCCGAGGUCCUCGUCAGGUGUCGGCAUGAGUAGUGGCUCGGGUGGUUCGGGUAAGGACAAUGGAAAUGAAGGAGGGAUUGAAUCGCCGUUGAAACUGGCAGCGUCUAUCCACGAGGAAGUUGAAGCCGAAGAGGAAGCAGAAGGGGAAGCAAUGAAGGAACAUGUAGAAACAGGAGAGGAUGUGGAAGAGGAGGAGCAGAGUGUCCCAGCAGAAGAAUCUGUUCAGUCUGAACACGUUGAUACUCCCCCUUCAUCUCCAAAACACGGAGACAUCCUUUCACACCUGGACAGCCCCAAAGCCAUUGACAGCCCAUCCUCACUGGACAAGAGCUCUGCCAAUGACAGCUCCAAAUCGCCCUCUGACAAUGAGCGAGAGACCCCCGAGGACUUCAGUUCAGGCACAACACCCAACAUCUUGCGAGGGCCAUUGAGUAAGCGGCCUUCCCAGGACCCCGAUCCAGUGUGGGUUCUCCACCUCCUGAAGAAACUGGAGAAGCAGUUCAUGAGCCACUACACUGACGCCAUGGAGGAGUUCAAAGUUCGCUGGGAGCUGGAUGACAGUGCAGUCCUGGACACCAUGAUUGCAGAGCUGAGAAACGAGGUGAGGCAGCGUAUCCAGACCAGCAUAGACCGGGAGCUGAGGAAGAUUCAAAGCCGUGCUGGGAGAGGGGCGAGGUCACCCAGACCCCCACAUAAUGGGCACCUUUCCAGGGAGUCCACCAUGACAGAACGCCGGCGCCGGAUGUUAAAGGUCAUGAAGAACCAGUCUGUGAAGACCGCUGACUCCCUCAGUGACGGGGAGAUGACGGGGGAUUUCAGCGACCAACGCAGCGAGGACGAUUACUGCCCAUGUGAUGCCUGUGUACGCAAGAAGAUGGCCGCCCGGCCGGUCAGGAUGCACCCCUCCGAAACCACAGCACCAAUGAUGAUGGAGUUUGACCUCCUCAAGAUACUCCAGCUGAAGAGCAACCCAGUCCCGGAACCUGAAGUGCUGUCAUCGGCAUCCGCAGAAGAAAAGAGCAACAGCACCGGCACAGAUGAGGAGGGGAGAAAUUUAGAGGUGGAGGAGGAGGAGGAGGAGGAAGAGACCAAAGAGGAUAUCGAACCUGGCAUCGUUUUAGAGGAGACGAUCCCGGAGGAAGAUGAAGAGGAGGAGGAAGAAGAAGAGAAGGAGUCUGAAAAAGGGGAGAGCGAAACAGCGGGAGAGGGGACGGAGGAAGAGAUCAGCGAAGAGAAAGAGGAGGAGGAGGAGGAGGAGAGUAACAAGGACACAGGGACAGGAGAUACAGAGGGCGGAGGAGAGACGAGUGAAAACGGACAAGAGGAGGAGGAAGAAGAGUGUGCGGCGCCUGAACUAAAGGCAGAGAAAGAGGAGGCAGAAACGACAGAGAAGGAGAGCGAGGAAGAGGAGGCGGCUGGAGAGACGGAGGGUGACAGCACUGCGAAAGAGUCGACGUCAGUGGAGGAGCAGCCGCACGGAGACCAAAGCGGUUCGGCCGAGGCGGAAGAUGAAGAUGAUGGGGAGGACGACACGGAUCACGGAGAAGAGACACAGAAAGAGGAGGGUUCAAAUGAGGACACGCCCCCUCCACAGGAAGAAAGUCCGACUUUAGGUGUGACGGAGGGGGAGGAGGCCGAUGCUGAGGACUCCGACAGCGACAACAAAAAUCCAAGUAACGCGAGUGGCGACGAAUCGGGACAGGGGGCAGACGAGACCGCCGGAGCCAAGGAAAGUGAGGAGGAGAUCGGGGAGGACAUUGUUGAGGAGGUCAAGCCCGAGGAGGACGAGAAAGAGGAGGAGAACGCAGGCGCAGGGGGGCAAGGAGGCGACGAAAACGUUCUUCUCCAUCAGAUCACGAGGACCUCGGUCGAGUCCCAGCCCGGCUCCAUGGAGGCCAUCGAUACAGUUUCAACCCUGUGCCCCGCAAGCCCAGUAGAGGUCCAGGAACCGGCCUCCAAACUAGCCACGACUCUAUCAGCUGGCGACGGAGCAGCUGGUAAGAGUCGGGUAAGGAGCAAGUCCCCGGCAAGGAUCAAACACCGCAAACCCAAAAAGAGCGACGUUGAACUCUAA